AUGUCGGGUAAGAAGAUUGAGCUGUAUUCCUCUGAAUACUACCUUGCGUGCGCAACCGGAGGUUUCCUAGCGUGUGCUCCCACGCACUCGGGAGUGCUACCAGUGGACCUUGUUAAGUGCAGAUUGCAAGUGAAGCCCGGUCUCUAUAAAGGAAACUUUGACGGUAUCAGAACGAUCAUUAAAAACGAGGGCUUACUCAAGAUUUUUAGCGGAAUUGCUCCUACAUUUAUUGGAUACGGUCUCCAGGGUGCUGGAAAGUACGGGUUCUACGAGGUGUUCAAAAAGAGGUACAGCGACUUUUUCGGCGUGUCUAACGCGUAUGUGUAUAUGCUUGCAUCUGCAUCCGCAGAGUUCCUCGCUGAUCUUGCGCUUUGUCCGUUCGAGUCCAUGAAAGUCAAAAUCCAAACUACGCUUCCUCCUAACCAGGUCGUGGGACUGUAUUCUCACUUGUACUCGGGAUUAGUGCCUCUGUGGUUCAGACAGAUUCCGUACACCUGUGUUAAAUUCACCUCGUUCGAGAAAAUUGUUGAGUUGAUUUACACCACUUUCCUUACCAAACCAAAGGAGCAAUACACAAAGCUACAGCAGACCGGUGUCUCUUUUGCAGGUGGUUACGUGGCUGGUAUUUUCUGUGCUAUUGUGUCACAUCCUGCAGAUGUGAUGGUGUCCUUGAUUAAUAACGAAUCAGGAAAGGGCGAGGCAAUGACUGCUGCAGUGAGCAGAAUCUAUAAGCGUAUUGGUUUCAAGGGGCUCUGGAACGGAUUGGGAGCCAGAAUCUUCAUGAUCGGUACUUUGACCGGAUGUCAAUGGCUGAUCUACGAUUCGUUCAAGGUCGCAAUGGGAUUCCCAACUACAGGUCAUUAG